UGCACUCACGCGCGCACGCGAUAACUGUGCCGUCCCGAGGGUCUCACGUGAUUGGAUACCGGGAUUGAGACGUCACAAUUUCCCAAAGUUGCGGAAGUUAAAAGUUAUUUUUUCUCUCUCUCUUCCCCCCUCCUCACUCGCAGCGGUCGCGCAUGGAAGAAAGCGCAAGUGCUCGAGGGGUAGAAACAAAAAUGAGUGUUUGUAGCAAUAAAACACAUCAUACAAAUACAAUCUGAGUGUGUAGUCGCUGGGUUUUUUGGAGGGGGAUCAUUUUUCCCCCAUUUCUCUCUCUGAGAAUCACUUCCAAGAAGAAAGGAGAGAAAAAAAAGAGAGAAUGUGGGAGCAGGAAGAGUUCGAGAAGCACUGGAGGAAUGAGUUUCCCGACGGCGAGGUGCCCAGGAUGAACCUGUGCACCGUUGAGGACAUCGAGAACGAGCUGGAGCUCUGCAAGGCGCGAUUGAAGAGCCUGCAGCAGGAGCUGGCGAUGGAGAAGUUUAAGGUGAUCUACCUGCAGACCACCAUCGCGCAGAAGAGGAAGAGUUACGACGCGGACAGGUGGGGAAGCAAGGAGCACGACGCGGAGGACGCUGCGACCACCAAGCCGGAGAGGAGCGAGCAGGAAGGCGUACGAGCUCCACCGGGGAUCAGGCUGCACGCCCUGGGGAGCAGGAGCAUGGAGGAGCCGUGCGGCGCGCUGGUCCGUGGAAGCAAGACGGGGAAACCUAUACUGGUUCCUCCGCGUAAAAAGUCGGCCCUGGUCAAGGAGAACGUUGCAGGUUCUGGUUGUGUUCAUUUGCAGGAUGAGUGUGACAGGAGGAGACGGGAUUCGGAGCGGGACAGUGACCGAGACUACGACGACGUGGAGCUCAAUGAGAACUUCGUGCGCAAGAAUCUGAUCGACCCCAAGGCGAAGGAGAGCCGCCAGUCCUCUCUCCGACCCUUUAGUAAGGAUUUCGAUUUCGGGGAUGACGGAAGGUUGUCGCCUUGUAUGCCUCUCCGGGGGAGUGUCGGUUCGGGUCGCAGCACACCGGACCGGCGCAGUGACGGUUACCUCAGCUCCGAGCACGAGGACUCCUCCUCAGUAGAUUUUAACUAUAACACAGACGGCUAUGAUGGAGACGGGGCCGAGGACAGGAAGUCCCAGGACGGCUCGGAGACCAUGCCGUUCAUCGAUGAGUCUCCCACCAUGUCCCCGCAGCUGUGCGUGCGGCCCGACGGAGACGCCGUCUCCCCUACACCACCUGAAGGUCUUCAUCCUGUGGGUGACACAGAAAAGGGUUUGGAGAUGAAGAAGCUGGUGCUUUCUGGCUUUAUGGCCAGUGAGGAGAUCUACAUCAACCAGCUUGAUGCCCUGCUGCUGCCUAUGCGUCCAUUGAAGGCCACCGCCACAACAUCCAAACCUGUGCUAACGAUGGAGCAGAUCGAAACCAUCUUCUACAAGAUCCAAGACAUCUACGAGAUCCAUAAGGAAUUUUACGACGCCCUUUACCCCAACAUUCAGCAGUGGGAUGAUAAGGUCACAGUCGGACACCUUUUCCAGAAGCUGGCCAGUCAGCUCGGCAUCUACAAAGCCUUUGUGGACAACUACAAAAUUGCAGUGGAGACGGUGGAGAAAUGCAGCCAGUCCAACUCCCAGUUCCAGAAGAUCUCUGAGAAUGUCAAAGUCAAGGGACCAAAAAACUCUAAAGAAUGCACCAACAUUGUCAGCAUGGAGGCGCUCCUGUAUAAACCCAUUGACCGGGUCACACGCAGCACCCUGGUUCUUCAUGAUCUGCUGAAACACACUCCUAAAGAGCACCCAGACUUUGCUCUGCUGCAGGACGCGCUGCGGAUCUCCCAGAACUUCCUGUCCAGCAUCAACGAGGAAAUCGACCCGCGCCGGACCGCCGUCACUACCCCCAAGGGAGAGGUUCGUCAGUUGGUGAAGGACGGCUUCCUGGUGGAGGUGUCCGAGGGCACACGUAAACUCCGCCAUGUCUUUCUCUUCACCGACUUGCUGCUGUGUGCCAAGAUGAAGAAGACUUCAGUCGGGAGGAAUCAGCAGUACGAGUGUAAAUGGUACAUCCCGCUGGCCGAUCUCACCUUCCAGACUCUGGACGACUCGGACUCGUGCACACACGUUCAGACGCUUCCUGAGCACGAGAUCGAGGAGAUGAAGAUCAAGAUCUCGGUCAUCAAGAGUGAGAUCCAGAAAGAGAAGAAAGCUCAGAAAAGCCAGAGUCGCAACGUGGACCGCUUGAGGAAGAAGAUGAAUGAACAGGAGUCGUAUCUGCUAAUACACUCUCCCACAAUCCCGUGCAUUCACAACAAAAACGGCAAGAGCUACUUGUUCCUGCUUUCCUCAGACUAUGAGAGGUCAGAAUGGAGAGAGAGCAUUCAGAAGCUCCAGAAGAAAGACCUCCAAACAUGUGUGUUGAGUUCAGUGGAGCUCCAGGUUCUUACUGGCUCCUGCUUCAAGCUGCGCACCGUCCAUAACAUCCCCGUCACGACUAAUAAAGAUGAUGAGGAGUCUUCCGGACUGUACGGCUUCCUGCACGUCAUCGUCCAUUCUGCCACUGGCGUCAAAGAGUCAGCCAAUCUCUACUGCACCCUAGAAGUGGAUUCCUUCGGCUACUUUGUUAGCAAAGCCAAGACCCGUGUGUUCCGAGACACCACUCAGCCGCAUUGGAAUGAGGAGUUUGAAAUCGAACUUGAGGGCUCGCAGUGCCUGCGCAUCCUGUGCUACGAGAAAUGCUAUGACAAGUCCAAGCUCAACAAGGACGACAACGAGAUUGUUGACAAGAUCAUGGGCAAGGGCCAAGUGCAGUUGGACCCACAGACUGUGCAGUCUAAGAACUGGCACGUGGACGUGAUUGAGAUGAACGGGAUCAAAGUCGAGUUCUCGAUGAAGUUCACGAGUCGGGACCUGAGUUUAAAGAGGACGCCUUCGAAGAAGCAGAGCGGCGUGUUCGGGGUCAAAAUCAGCGUCGUCACAAAACGCGAGCGCUCCAAGGUGCCUUACAUCGUCCGUCAGUGUAUCGAAGAGGUGGAGAAGAGGGGGAUCGACGAGGUUGGAAUCUACCGCAUCUCCGGCGUGGCCACCGAUAUUCAGGCACUCAAGGCGGCGUUCGACUCCAACACCAAAGACAUCCUUGUGAUGUUGAGCGACAUGGACAUCAACGCCAUCGCCGGAACGCUCAAGCUCUACUUCCGAGAGCUGCCCGAGCCACUGCUCACUGACCGUCUCUACCCUGCCUUCAUGGAGGGCAUCGCUCUGUCUGAUCCCGCAGCCAAGGAGAACUGCAUGAUGCACCUGCUGCGCUCUCUACCUGACCCCAACCUCAUCACCUUUCUCACCUUACUGGAGCACCUUAAGAGAGUGGCGGAGAAGGAACCAGUGAAUAAAAUGUCGCUGCACAACCUGGCCACGGUGUUCGGCCCUACGCUCCUGAGACCGUCCGAAUCCGAAAGCAACAAACCCCACCUCACACUGGCCUCUGAUAUCUGGUCCCAUGAUGUCAUGGCACAGGUCCAGGUGUUGCUCUACUACCUACAGCAUCCUCCCAUCUCCUUCGCCGAGUUGAAGAGGAACACGCUCUAUUUCUCCACGGACGUUUAACUCCCCCUUCCCCUCCCCUCCUCCAAGCACAGACACUUCCUCCCGUUCCCUCCAAAACACCAUUAUCGAUUUCCUGUACAGAAUCCAAACUCGUGCAAGGGGACACCCCGGAACAUUCCGUACACCUCCCUUCAUCCCUCCUGUCGUCAUCGUGUGCAUGAGCGGCAGACCGAGCAGAGGCCACACCCACCCUGCGCCAGACGGAGAGCUGGAAAUGGAGGAAGACGACUGGUUUUUGAACGUGGGGAGUUUGCCAGCCCAGUUCAGUGACGUCGGUGCAGAAGUCUGGUGUGUUCCAACUCUGCUUUUCCUUUUUCUUUUCCAGUUUUUAUUAUUGAGGCAUUACAGAAAGCAUCCACACACACACACACACACACCAUAUCUGCAUUUCCUACAUAUAUUAUUUGUUUAACGGUUUCCUUUUUCGGCUUUUGCACACCGCGAGCGUGCGUUUAUGUAUGUGUGUGAGUGAGUGUGUGUGUGUCUGCGUCCUUGCGUUUGGUUUUUUUUGUCCUCCAAGCUGAGGCUUCAAUGGGAACUCUGUCCUUGGCUGGUCAUAUUUUAUUCUGUGUAGAAAAGCAGACGUUUCCUGACCAUUCCAAAGGCCGAGAUCCUUAUUUAUUAUAAAUAUAGUCUAUACGUGUGCCUGUACAGUCCAGUACAUCAUAGUUUGAAGGUUUUUUGGUGACAUUUUAUUUUUUAUCAGAUUUACUUCUUUAAAUAAACAUUGAAUCGACCUGAUUUUCGGAUCCUCAGUGAUCUAUCCGCUAAUACACACGGAUCCUUUCGCAUCUCCUGCUUGUCCGACCCGAAGUAUCGAGACGGACACGAGAGGCAAAUUUCCUCUCUUUUAUCGAUCUUUUCUUCUUUUUUUUUAAACCCCCAUUCCAUGAUCGGAAAAAUGAAACGUCGCAACUCUACCAGUGACGUUCUCCUGAUCAGCACUGUUUAAUAUCUGAAACUCCUUGACGAUGUUUUUUAAUAUUGUAUUUUACUUUAUUUUUUUUGCUGUAAAGAUAUUACAUAUGUCACGUUUCCGCUAAGGAUGAUUGUCGACGUGAGAGUUUUAUUUUUUGUUUGUUUUUUUAGUAAUAAUAAAUAAAAGUGUACAGCUCA